AUGUGCUCGCUCUGUUACUCCUACUAUGCCUCGGCUGUCUCGUUGACGCCGGAGUUUUACCAAUCCCUGCUCGACCGUACAUGGAGACGUUCUGGAAGUCUCUUGUACCGGCCGGAUCCCCGGAGUUCCUGCUGCCCCCACUACACCCUCCGCCUGGAUACGGACCUAUUCUGCCCAACGAAGGAUCAGCGUCAGACUAUAAACCGAUUCAACAGGCAUAUCAUCGGCGAGGCUUAUGCGCGUGAAGCAGCCCGCCUCUAUCCUCGGUCACGCGAAGAGGCAAAAAAGCGAGAUAAUGUAUUUGACCUAACCGAGAGGAUUCACGAGGCCGAAAUUGGUGCCUUGAAAACGCCUCCAUCGCCGAGCCAUGAGUUUUCCGUCACGAUAGAGGAGGACUCGUUCACGGAAGAAAAAUACAAGGUGUUUGAAAACUACCAAAUGAAGGUGCACAAAGAGACCCAAGAAUCGGUCAGUCGAAACGGAUUUACUCGCUUCCUAUGCAACUCGCCAAUUACUAGGCGCACCGAAACCUUGAAGUCCGGGAGAAAGCGACGCCUUGGGUCCUUUCAUCAAUGCUAUCGGAUAGACGGCGAUCUCGUUGCCGUCGGAGUGAUUGAUCUGCUUCCUCAAUGUGUCAGUGCCGUCUAUUUCUUCUAUCACGAAUCUAUUCACAAGUUUGCACCCGGGAAAUUGGGUGCGCUAAGAGAGAUUGUUCUAGCCAAGGAAGAGGAGUAUAAGUGGUGGUAUCCCGGCUUCUACAUCCACAACUGUCCAAAGAUGAGGUACAAGAUUGAUUACUCGCCACAGUUCAUCCUUGACCCGGACACCCUUGCCUGGGAACCCCUGGACUCUCAGGUCCUGGCCAUCCUCGACAGGGGGGCGUAUGUGGGAAUCUCGGAGGCGCUUAAAGGCGGGCAAACGAAGAAGGUGAACGGGGCCAGUGGCGAUGCGGGAAAGGCUUCCGAAUCCUCACCUCCAUUGAAAGAAGAGAAGGAAGAAGAAGAAGAAGAAGAAGAAGCCCAUAAGUCAGACGAGGACGGGAGUGAUGCGAGUAGUGACGAGGGUGAGACCCUCCUGUUUACGAAGAAGAUGCCUGGAAUCCCAAGUCUAGAUGAGAUGAAGGAGGUAGACCUGGAUGAUGUCUUCCUGAGGCUUGGCGUGAAUGGCUCGCUCCACAGGACGUCUGAUCUUAUUGUCUGGCACGAUCUGACAAUUGAUGACUCCCCAAACAUCAAAAUGAUGGUGGCUGAACUCGUGUCGGCGCUGGGGGUUGACCUUAUGCACGAUUUCUGCCUCGAUUUCACUCACAGAUGA